GGACGACUAUAAAACAUGAGCAGGAGCACUUGGAGAGCUAGAGUACUGAGGGACUUCAGCACAAUGCUCUGGAUCAUUAGCUGUCUUGCUUUGGUGGCGUCCGCACUGGGUUGUGGAGUGCCUGCCAUUAAGCCUCAAAUCAGUGGCUACAACAAGAUUGUUAAUGGAGAGAAUGCAGUGUCUGGCUCCUGGCCCUGGCAGGUGUCUCUCCAGGACACUACUGGCUUCCAUUUCUGUGGUGGAUCUCUCAUAAACCAGUACUGGGUCCUCACUGCUGCCCACUGUCGUGUCACUGCUGGACGUCACCGUGUGAUCCUUGGAGAGCAUGAUCGUGGUUCCAGCGCUGAGCCCCUGCAGAUUAUCAACAUCGCCAGGGCCAUCACCAACCCUACCUACAACAGCCAGAACUUUAAUAACGACAUCACCCUGCUGAAGCUGUCCACUCCAGCCCAGAUGACCAACCGCGUGUCCCCUGUGUGCUUGGCCUCCUCCUCACCUGCUGCAGGAACUCGCUGUGUCACCACUGGCUGGGGCAAGACUGGAACCACCUCUACCCCUCGUAUUCUGCAGCAAACUGCUCUGCCCAUUCUGAGCCAGGCUCAGUGCAGGCAGUACUGGGGCCAGAACAGGAUCACUGAUGCUAUGAUCUGUGCUGGAGCUUCUGGAGUCUCCUCUUGCCAGGGUGACUCUGGUGGCCCUCUGGUCUGUCAGUCAGGCAGUGUCUGGACUCAGGUGGGCAUUGUCUCUUGGGGUACCAGCAACUGCAACGUCCGCACCCCUGCUGUCUACGCCCGCGUCGCUCAACUCCGUAGCUGGAUUGAUCAGACUAUUGCAUACAACUAGACCUGCAGCAGCAGUAUGGGUGGCCAGGAAGAGCUCAGCCAACAUGAAGUUACAUCUCCAGACAGCCUGGCUGCUUAAUAAGGGCUAUAUAGUGUUAUACUAAUACUGUGUUCCAGCUGUUCAGACCCUGGAAACUUUCCCAAUAAAAUGUAAAGAGAAAUUCCA